AGCCGCCGAGAAAACGGUUCAGAGAAAAACUGAACCCCGUGAUAAAAAAGCGUUUUCUGUUUAGUUUCAGUGAAUUAAGCUGAUAAAAGUAAUUUUUCUUGCAUCUGGGAAACAAUGAGUCAGCGACAGAUCAUUCAAGUUUUCGAGCAGUAUCAGAGGUCGAGGAUGCAGUUCGUGCAGACUGUUGCAGAUCUGGCAACCAGACCCCAAAACAUAGAGACCCUGCAGAGUGCUGGGGUGAUGUCCUUGCUGCGUCCCCUGAUACUGGACGUGGUCCCCAGCAUCCAGCAGACUGCAGCCCUGGCUCUGGGCCGCUUGGCCGACCACAGCGAUGACCUGGCAGAGGCCGUGGUGAGGGAAGACAUCCUGCCCCAGCUGGUUCACUCCCUGGUCUCACAGAAUAGGUUCUAUAAGAAGGCUGCAGCGUUUGUGCUUCGUGCUGUAGCCAAACACUCCCCCGACCUGGCCCAGGCUGUGGUGGCCUGUGGGGGUGUGGAUGCUCUGGUCCUCUGCCUGGAGGAUUUUGACCCCGGGGUGAAGGAGGCCGCAGCCUGGGCUCUGGGCAACGUCGCCCGACACAAUGAGCUGUUGGCUCAGUCUGUGGUGGAGGCGGGUGCGGUCCCUCUGCUGCUGCUCUGUCUCCGGGAACCAGAGAUGGCUCUGAAACGCAUCGCGGCCUCCACCCUCAGCGACAUCUGCAAACACACGCCGGAGCUGGCGCAGGCGGUGGUGGACACCGGUGCCGUGGCGCACUUGGCGCAGAUGAUCCUCAACCCGGACGCAAAACUCAAGGUUCAGAACAGUUUUGGAUUAAACUCAGCUCAUGUCAUUUACAAUAGUCUCAUAGAAAUUAAACAUCAUCAGCAUUUUUUAUUUUCCUUUAAAACGCCUUCUUGUUAUGGCAGUGGUAACCAUAGUUAUUAAUGACUAAGGCAUAUAAUGUCAGUGCCUUCUCUGUCCCAGGUGAUUGUGAACUGUGGUGGCAUGUCAUCAGUCAUCGAUUCUCUGGGUGAAUGCCAAGGAAGCCUGCGGCUGCCGGGGAUCAUGAUGCUGGGAUACAUCGCUGCUCAAAAUGAGAACCUCGCCAUGGGCAUCAUUCUCUCCAAGGGGGUGCACCAGCUGGCCCUGUGUCUGUCUGAGGAGCCUGAGCAACACAUCAAGGCAGCCACGGCCUGGUCCAUCGGCCAGAUUGGGCACCACACGCCAGAGCAUGCAAAGGCCGUGGCCACGGCGAACCUGCUGCCCAGCCUGCUGCAGCUCUACAUGGAGGCCAGCAGCUCAGAGGACCUACAGGUCAAAAGUAAGAAGGCUCUGAAGAGCAUCCUGCAGAAGUGCACCUACCUGCCUGCUCUGGAGCCCCUCCUCUACGAUGCUCCCAGCAACAUCCUCAAACAUGUUGUGUGCCAGUUCAGCAAAGUGCUGCCUCAUGACAGUAAGGCCCGACGUUUGUUUGUGACCAGCGGAGGUCUGAAGAAGGUGCAGGAGAUCGACGCUGAGCAGGGCUCUCCACUGCAGGAGUACAUCAACGCCAUCAACAGCUGUUUCCCAGAGGAGAUAGUCAGGUACUACUCCCCUGGCUACUCAGAGGUCUUGUUGGAGAGGUUAGAGAACUACCAGCCGGCCUUGUGAUCACAACACAUCUUGAAUUCAAAAGAUGUAGCCUUUUCAUACUUUAAAGGGAUAGUUCACCCAAAAAUGAAAAUUCGCUCAUUACCUACCUAUGCCGAUGGAGGGUGGGUGAAAUGUUUGAGUUAUUUGCCUUAUAUGCUGUAAUAAGGCGAAAACUGCAACAUUGGUACAAAUGUAAAAAGUUUCUAUAUCUUUUAUCGAUGAAAUAUAAAUUGAAUUAAAGCACAGCAGCAACCUGA